UCGUCGGCUGCUUCUGCUAGCGUGCUCGCUCGCUCGCUGCGGCGACAAUGGCUCCGAUCGGCGUGCUCACGGCGCUGGACCAGGCGCGGACGCAGUACUACCACUUCAAGGCCAUCGUCAUCGCCGGCAUGGGACUCUUCACCGACUCCUACGACCUCUUCUGCAUCGCGCCCGUCAUGAAGAUCGUGGGCCGGGUGUACUACUCCGACGGCGGCGCCCGUCCGGGGGUGACGCCGCCGGCCGUCGUGUCGGCGACCGUCGGAGUGGCGCUGCUGGGCGCGGUGAUCGGGAACGUGGUGUUCGGCGCGCUGGGCGACCGCGUGGGGCGGCGCCGCGUCUACGGCGCGUGCCUGCUGCUGAUGGUGUGCAGCUCCGUCGGGAGCGGCUUCUCCGUGUGCCGGACGCGCCGGUGCGCGCUCGCCAGCCUCUGCUUCUUCCGCUUCCUCCUCGGCGUCGGCGUCGGCGGCGACUACCCGCUGUCGGCCACCAUCAUGUCGGAGUUCGCCAACCGGCGCACCCGCGGCGCGUUCAUCGCCGCCGUGUUCUCCAUGCAGGGGUUCGGCAUCCUCGCCAGCUCCGCGGUCACCAUGGCCGUCGCCGCCGCCUUCGACCACUACACCGGCUACCCCGCGCCGCUCGACACGCCGGAGUGCGCCGACCUCGCCUGGCGGAUCAUUCUCAUGGCCGGCGCCGUCCCCGCCGCGCUGACGUACUACUGGAGGAUGUCCAUGCCGGAGACGGCCAGAUAUACGGCUUUGGUGGAGCGCGACGUGGUGAAGGCCACCAACGACAUCGGCCGCGUUCUGGCCGACCUCGACCUGGGCGCCGUCGCCGAGGAGGAGGUGGCGGCGGCGUUGAGCCGGCCUCCGCCGCCGCCGCGCCCUUCGUACGGCCUCCUCUCUCGGCGCUUCGUCCGGCAGCACGGGCGGGACCUGUUCGCGUGCGCGGCGGCGUGGUUCCUCCUCGACAUCCCCUACUACAGCAGCACGCUGUUCCAGUCUCAGAUCUACCGGCCGCUGUUCCCGGCGCCGGGGCUCAUCAACGCGUUCCAGGAGGCGUUCAACGUGGCCAAGUUCCAGGCCGUCAUCGCCGUCGCCUCCACCAUCCCGGGCUACUUCGUCGCCGUGCUCCUCAUCGACCGCGUCGGCCGGCGGUGCCUCCAGAUGGCCGGGUUCCUCCUCAUGGCCGUCUUCCUCUUCGCGCUCGCGGGUCCGUACGACGGAUACUGGCGCGACCACGGCGCGCACGCCGGCUACAUCGUGCUCUACUCGCUCACCUUCUUCUCCGCCAACCUCGGGCCGAACACCACCACCUUCAUCCUGCCGGCGGAGCUCUUCCCGGCGCGCUUCCGGUCGACGUGCCACGGCCUCUCCGGCGCGGCGGGGAAGCUCGGCGCGCUCGUCGGCUCCAUCGGCUUCCUGUGGGCGUCGCAGCAGAAGGACGGCGCGGCGGCCGGGCACCUGCCGGGCAUCGGCAUGAUGUACGCGCUGUUCGUUCUUGGCGGGAUCUGCCUGCUCGGGCUGGCACUCACCUACGUGUUCACGCCGGAGACGAUGAUGCGGUCGCUGGAGGAGAACGAGAGCGACAGGGCGCAGACCCAGGUCGGCGACGGCGGCAGCGACACCGAGGCGGCCAAGAGCCCGGCGUCCAUGGCGAGCUCGCACCUCAGCAUGUCGCCCAUCCUUCCAGCCCGGGUCUCCGUGUGAGUGAACUCGAUCAUCGUCGGAAAGCGAGAGUGCUUUUCCUCACUAUUUGUGCGUCAGAGAGAGUGCAUGCUGUCGAGAUGUCGAUGCAUGCAUAAGCAUGACUUGUGUACAAUCUCAUGGACUCACACUAUAUGCAAAUACAUGUAGGAUAUGCAUAUUCAGUUUUGCUAGCAAUGCAUGUUUCUGAUGUUGGCCAUAAACCCUUAAUCUACACUCACGCGAGUAGUGGACAAUGCCUGAACAACGGACGAACACCUUGCAAGCACUGAAAAUACCUUGACGAUGAACACGAGUUUUGGCAACGCGUAACUUGCCGGCUUUUCUGUUUCA